AUGUUUAGUGAGUCAAUUGAUUAUCAUAAUCAUUUACCACCUUAUAGAUCAUUAUUAAAUCCAAAUGCAAGAUAUGAUUAUAAAACUCAUACAUUGAUUCCUUUAAGCCAAAAUGAUUUAAAUCGAUUACAAUCAUUAUUUCGUAAUAAGAAGAAUAAUGUUAAUAAUAAUGAUCAAAAUAAUUCAAAUAAUUCCAAUGGAUUUAAAAUGAAAUAUAAAUCACUAUUGAGUGAUGUUGGUCGUUCAAUAUCCUUAAGAAUUAGUAAUAGUAAUUUAUUAUCAAAUACUAAUUUACCUUCCGCGCCAACAAAUGGUUCUACAAAUACUAAUUUUGAUGCAAUCACAACAAAUUCAAUUUCUUCAUUAUGUACAACUACUCCUAUUCCUAAUUCAGCCUCAUCAAAUGUAACUACUUCAUCAACUCAACACUCGUCAAGUAAAGUUCUUAAAAAAUCAUCAACAACUAUUUUUCAAUCAGCUAUACAACAACAAUCACCACCAGUGAAAUUACAUUUGAAGAAUUUACCUAUUGAAAUUUUAGAUUAUAUUAUGUCUUUAGUUGAUUCUAAAAAUGAUUAUAAAAGUUGUUUAUAUACAUGUCAAUUAUUUUAUGUUUUAGCAAAACCCUACUAUUAUGAGAAUCUACAAUUUAAUUCAACUUAUAGGUUUGCACAGUUUAUAACGUAUUUACGUUUAAAUUCUGAUGUUGGUCAAUAUGUUAAAACCAUUGAUUUAUCAAAUUUAAAACCAGGUUAUGACGAGGAUGAAGAGGAGCAAAAUAAUAAUCAAAAUAAUAAUCUAGAAGAUAUUGAAGAUGAUAAUCACGAUGAAAAUAAUAAUGAAAAUUUAGAUGAAAAUCUAAAUAAUGAAAUUCAUAAUUUACUAAAUACUCAAGUUAAAAUUGAUUCAAUUUCACAAUCUAAAAUUUAUGCUGGAUGGAGAGAUUGGAAAUUUAAAAACAAUCCUUUAUAUACCAUACAUCCUUAUCCGUCUACAAUUUUAACUAAAACUUCAUCAAAUUCACAAUAUCUGAUUGGAUCUUCAAAAUCUGUAACAUCUCAUAAAUCGUCAUCAUCAACUUCCAAGAAAUUCACUAAACCAUUUAAGUAUUUCAAGACUAAAAAGAGAAGUAGAUCUUUUAGUAAUUCUUCUCAUACAAGAAAAUCUCCAAGAUUGGAAUAUUUAAAAUUGAAAAGUAAUGAUAAUAAUCAAACUUCAUCUGUAUUGAGUAGAAAUGUUUCUCCACAUCCAUUGAUUAACAAAUUUUUAUUAAAUUAUUCAACUUCAAAGGAUGUUCCAAUUGGUUAUGUUUUACAUUUAAUGAAUUUAUGUCCAAAUAUUAUUAGUUUGAAUUUAGGUAAUUUAUCGUUAUCAAUAGAUUAUGAAGUUUCAAGAUCAACGAUUAAUAAGUAUCAAAAUUUUGAUUUAAUGAAUAAUUAUUCUAAAGAUUUAAUUUAUAAGAUUGAUAAUAUUAUGAGAUUAAAUAAUGAUGAUUCAAGUAAUAAUCAUGUAACAAAUCAUGGUAGUAGUUUAUUCAAUUUUACUCAUGGAAAUCAUUUUAUGACUAAUAAUUUUUUUAAAUCAAAUCAAUCAACUUCAUCAACAACUUCAUCAAUUUAUUCAGUAGCUACAUUUUCAAAACCAAUUAGAAAGUAUAAUAGUUUAUUACCACCUUUACCUCCAACAAUUGCUGAUAUUUCUUAUUUGAAUAAAGGAGAUGGUAAAGUUUAUCUUUCAGAUUUGAAUUUAAAAUCUAUUAAUAAUCUUUAUUUGAAGAAAAUCAAUGAAGAAGAAAUUUUAUCCACUAUAAUAAAAAUUCAUGGCAAAAGAUUAAUGUAUUAUAAUAGUAAAGUUUAUCUUAAUUUAAAUCCAUUAAAUGCUGAUAUUGCAGGAAAUUUAAAAUAUAUUAAUUUAUCUUCAAUGAUUUGGUUAAAUCGUACAUUGAUAGAAAAUUUUUUAAAAAAAUUAUUAACUAGAAGAUCGAAUGAUUUAAAAACUUAUGGAUUCUAUGAUAAUGAUGUUUUUUCAUAUAUUGAUCAAGAAUCUGAAUCUGAAGAUGAAGAAGAAGAAGAAGUAGAAAAUAAAAAGAAGCAUGAACAUCCAAUAAUUUAUAAACAAGAUUUGAUCAUAGAUUUUACCGAUUCAGGAAUGUAUAAAAAUUUACAAUGGGCAAAAAGAAUUGAUUUAAAUACUUUUGAAGGUUGUAAAUUGGCAAAUAAAAUUAUCAAGAAUGAAAUUAAUCAACCAUUUGAAGAAUUUAUGAGACGAGAAAGACAAAGAAGAGGCAGAAUUGGAGAAAAUUAUUUAGCAUGA